AUGGGUCGAAUGAGGCAGAGGCAUAACUGGAAGGCAAGAUUGCAGCCAGAGGCUUCGAAAAAGGACACGAAUUCAGCGCUUACUGAUGACCAGAAAGGUGUUUUGGAAAAGACUACGGUAGAUGACGACUACAAAUUUUCCCAUGACGAUUCCAACAUUCUCGUCGCCCCGAGUAAGAAAGGCAAGGUUAAGGUAGCCAUUAAGAACCCAAGUGAUAAGCGAAAGAAGCUAACAAAGAAACAACGAAAGAGACUGGAAAAAAUUGUCGAGACGAAGAAAAAGAAAGCUAAGCGAACAGAGUUGCUUAAAGCGCUCUCUGAGUAUGCUGUCAGUGAUAAAGAGUUGUCUCAAAUGAGUUCUACGACUGAUCUAGGCCAGUCUAACACAACAAAGAAAAGAACGAUUUCGGAAGUUGAAGAAAGUGCAGCCAGAAAAGUAGUCAUCUCAAGUGUUCGCUGUGGUCGUAAAAAAGGCAAAAGACUGCGAUUAGAGAGAAAAGCCCUCGAUCCUGCUCCUGCUAAGAUUGCAAAGACGAUAGAGGAAGAAAUAGAAUCUGGAGAAUCAUCAGAAAGCGAAGAAGAGGAUGGAGGUAACCCCGAUUCGUUGCAGGAGGAGAAUCUACUCGCGGAAAGGUUACCUUUGAAUGAACAGAAUACAGACAUAGAGGAAAAAGAUGAAAACAAAAGUGAUCUUUCAAAAUCUAAAGAGGAUGCAGGGGAAAAUUCUGCAGAAUCAACAGUUAAAACGAUCUCAGAGAAAGUGGAGACCGUGAAAAAGGAAUUGAAGCCGGCAAUUUUCAUGGAAGUAAAGAGGAACUCAGAAAUUCAGACUGCAAGGCUUCAGCUUCCGAUCCUCGCCGAAGAGCAAGCUGUCAUGGAAGCGAUUCACGAUAAUGACGUAGUUAUCCUUUGUGGUGAAACCGGAAGUGGAAAGACCACUCAAGUCCCUCAGUUUUUAUACGAAGGUGGAUACACUACACGAGGACUGAUUGGCGUGACAGAACCACGCCGGGUAGCUGCCGUGACAAUGUCACGCAGGGUAGCACUGGAGCUGAAUAUGAGUACCGAGCUGGUGUCUUACCAGAUACGUUAUGAAGGUAACGUGACUGAAAAUACCAUCAUGAAGUUUAUGACAGAUGGUGUGCUACUCAAGGAAAUUGAAAAUGACUUUUUCUUGUCAAAAUACUCGGUCGUUGUGAUCGACGAAGCCCAUGAGCGAAGUGUAUUCACUGAUAUUUUAAUGGGACUGCUUUCAAGAAUAGUUCCAAUGCGCAAAACUCAAGGUAAACAGCUCAAACUUAUCAUCAUGUCCGCCACACUUCGUGUGGAAGAUUUUACGAGUAAUACGCGUCUUUUCUCUAUCCCACCCCCGGUGGUGACCGUGGAGUCCAGACAGUUUCCUGUCACUGUACACUUUAAUAAGAGGACGCCAGAUGACUACCUAAAUGAGGCAUUCCGUAAAGUUUGCAAAAUCCACCGCACCCUACCCCCGGGAGGGAUAUUGGUGUUUGUGACAGGUCAGGCCGAAGUGCACGGUUUAUGUAGAAAGCUGAAGAGAACAUUUCCUUGCAUCCUGCGCAAGGAAAAUUCGAAACAAAAGGUGGAUGCGAGCGAUGAAAACUCAGGUGAUGAUGAUGAUCACUUCGAUCUUGAUAAUUAUUCCGUAAACCCGGCUGUGGAAGAUAGAGACGCUGAAGACGAAGAUCUUGGUGAAUACAACCUCAACGACAACGACAGCGAUAGUGAGUUUAAUCUCGACGACGGCGCGUUUACGCCGUCGAUCGAUAAAAAUUUACCCAUGUUUGUUCUGCCGUUGUAUUCGCUUCUCUCGAGCCAACAACAAGCUAAGGUAUUUCAGCCACCCCCCGACGGGACUCGGUUGUGUGUCGUAGCGACCAAUGUAGCAGAAACGUCGUUGACAAUUCCCAACAUCAAGUACGUAGUGGACACGGGUAUGGUAAAGAGGCGUUAUUACGAUAAAAUCACUGGAGUGUCUUCUUUUAAAAUCACGUGGACAUCCAGGGCCUCAGCCAAUCAAAGAGCAGGUAGAGCUGGCAGAGUGGAGCCUGGACACUGCUAUCGUUUAUAUUCUUCGGCCGUGUUUACCAACGACUUUGAAGAGUUCUCAGCACCUGAAAUAUCACGUCGUCCAGUGGAAGACCUUGUGUUGCAGAUGAAGGACUUGAACAUUGACAAAGUAGUAAACUUCCCCUUUCCCACUCCACCUGACCUAACAGCGUUGCAAAGCGCAGAGAGGUUGCUGUUAAAUCUAGGCGCGCUGGAGGAGAAGAAGACGAUGAAGGGAAAUGUGAAUGCAGUGAUCACUCCUCUUGGACGCGCCAUGGCUAAGUUUCCUGUGUCUCCGAGAUACGCAAAGAUGCUCUGCCUGGGGCAUCAGGAAAAUUGUAUGGAAUACGUCAUCGCUAUUGUAUCUGCUCUCACGGUGAAAGAAAUCUUUGCGGAUGACAAUGACAGAGAAAAGAGCCAGGUAACAAAGGAAGAUCGGCGAAAGAUAUCUCGCUUGCGGCGGACUUGGGCAGGCCAAGGUGACGCCCAGAAGCUCGGAGACGCGAUGGUUCUUCUUAGAGCUGUUGGGGCAUGUGAAUAUGCCGGCUGCACAGAAAAGUUCUGCUCUGAGAAUGGACUUCGUCACAAAGGAAUGAUCGAGAUCAGAAAGCUCCGUGCCCAGCUUACAAACUCGGUAAAUCUUGUCAAUGCUGAUGCAAAAGUGAUGCUUAACCCUCGGAUGAGCCCGCCAUCACCCGCCCAGUGCGUUGCCCUUCGGCAGAUAUGCCUAUCGGGCCUUUGCGGCCAUGUAGCCCGCAAGAACCCCACAGGAAAUGACCCCCAACGAAAGAAUGCUUACAGCUGCAUGUCCCUGGGUGAGCCUGUUUUCAUUCACCCAUCUUCUGCGCUCUUUGAAGUGUUACCAGAAUACGUGAUUUAUCAAGAAAUCGUCGAGACCUCAAAACUUUUUAUGAAAGGUUAGUCUGUAAUGGUUUAAAAGUGUUGUCAAAACGAAACUACAAGAAAGGAAAACUUAUUCAUCACAAUGAAACUAAGAACAGGCCUUAUUUUACUAAGAAAUCUGUCGCGCAUGUCAACAGGCCAAAUGUAUCCCACCUCCGCGUCACGGUGCGGCGGGAAAUUCUUUGCGCACAUUUCUUUGAGCUCGCGGACCCGAUUACGCUCGCAAAGGCCCCCCCUCAAGAACUUUUUAUCCUCUGGAUUGAAUGUUGAAUGCAGGCAUUAAAAAAGCAUUGUUAAAAUAACUACAUGACAGGCCCAUAGCAUAAUGCUGAAAGCCAAGGUCUCGGUUGUUAAUCUAAACACUUAUCUUUUUUUCUUCACUGAAGGUGUUAUUGCUGUUGAGUCCGAUUGGAUCCCAAUUCUGGUCCCGAGUUUGUGCACAUUCUCCAAACCCCUCGAAGAACAUCCGCCUCGUUAUGACUCCGACGCUGGCGUCGUCAAGUGCCACAUGAAAUGUUCAUUUGGACCCAGGUCCUGGCAGGUGCCCCCUCAGGAGCUUGAAUAUCCUGCGGGACUCGAUAGAUACAAGUGGUUUGCAAAGUUCUUGCUCGAGGGAAAAGUAAUCCCAGCAUUUGCAAAGUUUGUGCCAUUCCUGUUGUGCCCACCAGUUACAAUGAUCAAGUCCUGGGCAAAACUACAGCCGAGGACCGAAAUCCUACUAAGUGAACUUGUGAACGGGAAGGCCGAUAGCAAGAUUGCCCUAAUGGCCGCUUUAAAAAAAGAUCCGAAGUUUUUAUUGGCUGCCCUGAAACAGUGGAUUCCUCAGAGCAAACAUAGCGAACUGACUUUAUCGUGGCCACCUAAAGACUAACACGACUCUAGCGCUGAGUUAGAACUGUCUUAAUUCGAGCUUUUGCGCUUUCCAAUUGCGCGAUUUUUAUUAAAUGUGUUGUUAAAUGUAGGGUUUCGCGUAGAACCGCGGUAAGAUGCAACCCAGACCAAAGGUCGCUAAUGAAAAUCGUUCAUGGGACAUAAAUACUUUGUUAUUGUUAACCAAACCUUUAUGGCCACUCGGAAUACAACAAUGUAGAAAAUGUUCCUAUUUAUUUACAACUUCGAUCGCCCGACCUCUCACAAAAAUUAAUUUAAAGUCGCUUAUCUAACAAGCAAGAAGUUUCAAUGCGG